GUGUCUGCAUGUAUAAAGCUACCAUCUUGGCUUCCCUGGUGCCCCUAUUCUCCCUCCUGCAGCCUUGGUGGAUCCCUCCUCCAAUCCCGUUCCAGAGUUUUUAUCAUCAUGGCUAAUUUCUGCCUGUAAUCUGAUUAGGGCUUUGAGCUGCUUUAGCACCCUGCUGUGCUGUCUCUCUCACCAACACAUACACACUAACAUGCACACAGACACACUCUGUGGUGUGAUCGCUGGUCUGUGUGGGUUGUAGCUUGCUUUGUGGUGGUCUCUCUGUGCGUGUUGCCACCUCCAUCCCUGCCUGUCUGUAAAUUGGACUCAUCUCCACCGCUGCCACUGCUGCCACUGCUGCCACCGCUGCCAUCACCACCAAACGGGAGUCCAUCAGCAGGCCAUCCUUCUGAUUUGUCCUCUUUUUAAACAUGUUUCGAAACCCAUGGAUCUCUAGUUACCAUGUGAAUCCCCUGCAGCCAUGUAGGCAAGGAUUUGGAUCAAAAGUUUCCACCAAAAUCUGCAACUCAACCUCUCUGCCAGGAUCCUUAAAUUUUCAGAGUGACUGUUCCUUCAAAGAUAAAACUACCCUGGUCAAGAGUGUCUCUGACACAGAUGGUAAACUUCUGGUUGUUCUCCCAAAAGUGUCUGAUUUAAAGAAAUACUUUGAAGGAGGAAUAUCCAAAGAACUGCAGAUGAACAGAAAGGAGAGGAUAGCCCGGCGCUUGGAGGGGAUUGAAAGCGAAGCCACACCUGCUCUUGUGUCUGGUGGUUUGGUGGCCAACAGGAUGCUGGAGGAGGACCCACCACGGUACACUCGCGCCUCUGACCCCCGUGAACCACGGGUCACAGCCAAGCGCUACAAUCGAGCAGAGCUGGAGACACCAAAGAAGACAAUGUCAUCUCCAGACCGAUCACCCCAUGCCAAAAGUGGUGUUGGCAGCAGCCAUACAGAGCCAGUUGUGGUGUAUGUAGAUCCAGUGACGUUGUCAACAUCAUCAACACCCGCAUCUGGCUCCACUGAGCCCAACAACCUCACCUCAAAGGCUGAACGAAUCGCCCGCUAUAAAGCAGAACGCCGUCGGCAGCUUUCAGAGCGCUAUGGCAUCCAUCUUGAUCAGGAGGCCGAUGUGGACUACACUCCACGUUACCGUUCCAGGCAGGAUCCAGAAUCUGCUGUCCGUCAAUCAUCUGCCAGGCGGGAAAAGGAAACAGUCCAAGUGGAGGCUCAAGGGCGGGAGCCUAGUGUGCCGUAUCGCUCUGGAAUUGGCAGGGUUUACAUGAGGACACACCCAGAGCCUUCACCUGCUGGCACAGUGGGUCACAUCCACUCCAACCAAGCCCCGCCUCCAACCCAAGAAAGGCCCAGUAGGUUGGUGGAACCUGAAAAAGCAUUGAAUAUGGAGAACAACCGCCGAGGUGAAGUUCAGGAGGGCUCAGUUUCUUACAGAAGCAGGACACAGGAGCCACAUUUGCCUCAACAACUGCAUACCCACCACCAAGAGUCAAGCCAAACCACCAAGGGCUACAGUAUUGCAGCAGUUCCCAGCUCUCCUCGCACUGCCCGUAGGUCUUCCCUGCCCUCCACUCGCUAUGGUAUCUCACCUGGAGAUUUAUUCAUAGAGCAACAGGCACAGAGCAUCCUCAACAGGCAGGGAAUCCGAGUAAGAGAGCGAUUGUCCAGAGAUGAAACUGUCCAGAAGCCCCCAGACUGGAGUCCAGACCGACACCAGACGAACCAACAUCACUCUCAUGGAAGUGCUCAACGUGUAUCCAAGCAGCCAGAGAUCAUCAUGAAGAGGAGUGGUUCCCAAACUCACAACCGUCCUGGCCACGGCCAAACUGCCAGUCAUCCCUUCACAUCUGACCUUCAACACUGUGCCACUGCUGUGGACCCUCAGCCCUAUUUGGCUGUACCUGCUCCAGUCCGCAAAUCUUCUGGACCUCCAGAGGUACAACCACGAAGAAGAGUGAGCACUGACCAGAUCUAUGCAGCCCACAGGGAGGCAAGACUGGAGGCAAAGCAGGUCCUGAAGGAAGAAGGCCACACAGAAGGACUCCUAAAGAGCAGGAAAGCUGUUUUACCCUCAGAAAUUCGUCGAAGGGAAAGGAGUGUUGAUGAUGCUCAGAGGGACUGUCAUGAAGCCAUGGACAGACAGAACAUCAGUCCAGACAGAAGACGGAUGAGUCGAGGGGAGGAGGACUGGGAUCGGGAAAGGCCAAGGGAAAGGGGAAGAGAAAGGCAGGUUCAGAGGAUCAGAGAAAGGGGAGAGGAGCAUGUCUCUACCAAUGACAGCCAAGAACAGAGAACCUUCAGAUCAAUGGAACCUCCCCACACCUCUGUGCACCAGCAUCAUGUGCAGAGUCAACCCUUGGAGCCAGUGCACCUGCAAAUUCGGCCUCCAGAGCCACAACUGCAACAUGAACCCCAAAAAGGAGAACACGCCGCUCAAAGCCAGCAACUCCCUCAGAUGCAACAUCAGUUCAAGCAGCUGAGACACCUGCAGGAGAACCAAAGCCUGCUUCAGAGUCAGCAUGAGCACCACGUGCUUUCUAGUCAAAACCAGAAGAUCCGCAUAAAACAAGAACCCCAACUUCAACAAGAAACUGUUCCACAGACGCAGCAACCAGCCCAACUGAAUAUCCAAAAAUUGGACCCAGUUGGCUAUCUAAAGACAGGUUCCUCUCUGGCUCAAGCAGGAAACAGAAGCAUGGAAACAAGUGGUGGACUAAAACCCAAGUUACGAACCCGUUCUAUGUCAGACAUAGGUGUAAACAAGCACUCUGCCAUUUAUUGCAUUGAAAGAGCCAGAAGAGACGGAUCCAGGAUUAACCCUCUUCCUGUAACGACUAAUGGAGAUAUGAACACCUUGGACACAAGGGUUUCUGUAGCACAACUGCGACACUCCUACCUGGAGAAUGCCAACCGGAAACCUGAGUUUGAGACGACUAAAGUAGAUCUGCCAGCAAUGGAAAUGGAUGCCAUCACCAGCACUGAUCAGGAGCGGGGAGCUCGCAGGCCUCGGCGUUACAUCACUCCAGGAGAGAGUCGCAUGUCGGAGCGGUUCAGGACUCAGCCCAUCACCUCUGCAGAGCGUCUGGAGUCUGACAGGUCCCGUCUAAGUCCAUCACAACUAGAAGAUGCUGAAGCUGAAGAAAAACUGGAUGAAAGAGCCAAGAUGAGUGUAGCUGCAAAAAGGUCUCUCUUCAGGGAGCUGGAAAAGACAUCGGAUGGAGGAGUUCCCAAACCCCGCUCUCGAAAUGCUGCCGUAGAAAGACGUUUGCGAAGAGUCCAGGACCGCUCGCACACACAGCCAGUCACCAACAAGGAAAUCACUGCCUCCAGCCUUCAGGACUCCUCUCAGCCAGGCUCAGAAGCUCAGGAGCAAGACAAAGAAAACCAGGAUCAGCCGGGUCAAGCACCUGGGUCUGAAGGCAAACCACACGGCCAGGAUGCGCCUGACCUUUCUGCACUGAGUUUAUCUGAGAAGAUGGCUCUGUUCAACUGCCUAGCCCAACCUACUGCCAAACCAGCAGAGGGAGUUCGAGGGGAGAUCCGCCAACGCAGAUCCAACACCCGUUUUCAAACCCAGCCUAUCACCCAGGGGGAAGUGGAGCAGGAAACUGCUGCGGUGUGUAACGGUGUCUUAAAAGCCAUUCAGGAAGAACAUCUUAAAAAUGGAAGUGAGAUCAAGCUGGAGCCAUUAUCCGCUGCCCUGGUUCGAUCUGUAGCAGCCGUCACCUCCCAGUCCUCCCUCACCACAGUCAAUGCGAUGCCAGGCAGUGGCAGCAAUGAGGAUGGGUUUCGUUUAGGGAAGUGCACCGCCAUUCCCUACAUCCCUGCCCAACAACAGCAACCCAGCAGCACAAGCAUCCACCAGGAGAGGGCGCCGAGGUAUUUCUCCUUGACCCAGAGCGGGGACCCAGGCCACCCUGAGACAGACCUCAACUCCUCCCCUCUCCUCCCAAUAGGAGAGGCAACCCGGCUCCCUCUCGUUACCACCUCCUCUGCCGAUCAGUGGCAGCAGGGGGUGAUUGUGGAGGAGUGUUUGAAAGGGCAGCAAAAAGAGAAGGUUGGGGGGAGACAGCAGGGAGGAGCCAGGCAAGACAUCCAAGGUGGCAUCAUUCCCAGCAAGCUUUACUCAUCCAGCAGGGACAGAGAGGACAGGCUGCAGCAUCAUCAGCUCUCUGCUGAGCCUUCUUUGUGGCACGACGAGCCGGAGCUGCUGCCCAGCAGAAGAGCUGCAGACGGAAACUCCCAGAGAGGAGACAGAAGAGGAAAAGAAGGAGAACUGAGAGAAACUGGAGCAGCUCAUGCUUCCUCUUUAGAGGAUCAGGCUGGGACCGCUGCCCGGAGCCAGGGAGGCUUUCCAGACUCGUUGGAUCAUCCAGUGACUCUGAAGCCACUGAUAGCAAAAGUAUCCUCCAGGACGGUGUCUUACGUCUCAAACAGCCAGCAGCAUCAGGAAAGCACCAUUCGUCCCCCUCAGACGCUUCCUAAACCCUCAUCCUUCAUCCAGCCGCCCCCGACUCACCCCAAACCUUUCACUCACUCCCCACAAACCCAGCCCAAGCCUCAGGGGUUUGUCCAGUCACUCCCAAAACCUUUCCAGCCUCAGCCUAAAGCUCAGGGGCCUCCUCAGACACCACCUAAGCCUCAGUACUUUGCCCAGACUCUGGUGAAGUCCCAGUCUCUGCCUCUGGACAACACUGAAGACUUCAGCAGAAACACUUCUGGAAACCAGCUGUCCCCAACAGAGUCUGGGGACGGACUGUCUGACGGCAUGUCCGCACAACAGAUGUCUAUCAAAGAGAGAGUGGCCCUCCUGAAGAAGAGUGGUGAAGAAGAUUGGAAGAACAGGAUCAACAAGAAACAGGAAGUGGCGUCCAACGAGCAGCAGGCUCAGCAGUGGGAGACGGGGGAGACCGGCCAGAAGGAGGACGGGGUUCGGGACCACUCUGCUGUCUCUGUGUCUGAACAGUUGUGGGGGCCUGUUUUCUCCUCCACUUUUUCUCCUCCCAUCUCCCUUGGGCAAAAGUGUCAGUAUAUUGAUCACCAUGGUCAGAAUGCUGGGGAGGACAUUGAGGCCCAGAUGAGCAUUGAAGAGAGGAAACAGAUGAUCUCAACUCGAGAGGACGCCUGGAAGACAAAGGGCAAAGGAGCAGCCAAUGACUCAGACCAGUACACAGUCGCAGCACGAAUGGUCAAGCAAGGUCUGGCAGCCUCCUCCUCGGUCAUCAGUCCCAUCCUCUCACCGGUCUCCACCAAACUCAAGAGCAGUGCGGCGAUGGUCAAACCACACGAGGAAAUUGAGGCAAGACCUGACAUGGAAUCCGACAAAAAGCUGGACAAAUUAGAGAGUUUCUUAGGACGUUUGAAUAGCAAAGUGGCAGGCUUGCAGGAAACCACCAUUACAGUGACGGAGAAGGCAGUGAAAGAAGUGAUGAAACUGGAUGAUGAGAUCUUCUCCAAGUUCUACAAACGCGUGGCAGAAUUUCCUCGCAUGCCCACCAGAAUCGAGCUCAGUGAAGACUUUGACUCCAUCUUUGGUUCUCAGAGCCCCAAGUUGACUUCAGCCAUGGUGCAGCACAAGCUAGCAGUUCGUCCAUCCAGGAAUGUGCGAUCAUCUCGAAACCCUCUGAGGAUGCUGGCAGCCAGAGAGGACAUCCGACAUGAGUACACUGAGCAGAGACUGAAUGUAGCCCAGGUGGAGAGCAAGAGGAUAAAGGCAGAGAAGAACGAGCCGAGCAGAACCUCUGAGUACUCCGAGGCAGCUCUGGCAGGUCUGGCCAGCAAGGAGAACUUCAGCGGUGUGAGUCUGCGCAGCGUCAACCUCACAGAACAGAGCUCCAACAACAGCGCAGUGCCAUAUAAAAGCCUCAUGCUCAUGCAGGUCAAAGGUCGGCGUCAUGUUCAGACCAGAUUAGUGGAGCCCAGAGCAUCUUCUCUGAACAGCGGAGACUGUUUCCUGCUGGUGACUCCAGACCACUGCUUUGUUUGGAUAGGAGAGUUCUCUAAUGUCAUUGAGAAAGCUAAAGCGAUGGAUUUGGCAACUUUCAUUCAGACAAAGAAGGACAUGGGCUGCAGGGCCAACCAGCUGCAGACUAUUGAAGAAGGGGUUGACCCACAGGGUGCAGAGACGCAGCAGUUCUGGACGAUCCUCGGAGGACAGAUGCCUUACCAGUCGGCAGGCCCACCAGAGGAGGAUGAGCAGUUUGAGAAUGGCAUCGUGGAAACCAACUGUAUCUUCAGGUUGCUGGAUGAUAAACUGGUUCCUGAUGAUGAAGAGUGGGGGAAGAAUCCUCACAGCUGCCUGUUGUCAUCGAAGGAGGUUCUUGUGUUUGACUUUGGCAGCGAGGUGUAUGUUUGGCACGGCAAAGAAGUGACUCUGGCACAGAGGAAGGUGGCCUUCCAGCUGGCCAAACACCUGUGGAACGGCACCUUUGACUACACCUGCUGCGACAUCAACCCGCUUGACCCGGGAGGCUGCAACACCCUCAUACCCAGAAAAGGUCAGGGUCGUCCAGAUUGGGCAAUAUUCGGCAGAUUGACUGAGCACAAUGAGACUGCUUUGUUUAAGGAGAAGUUUCUGGAUUGGUCAGAAGCAAAGUCGCCCACUCCAAAGGAGGGUGGUGAACCUGUACCUGAGCCAAAGGAGGCUCCAGGACGAGAGUGUCGACCUUACGAUGCCACCCUAAUGCUGCCCAUCAUCUGCUCACCUGUUUGCACCAUUUUGGAAGGAGUGAAUGUGGGCCGCGGUUACGGGCCAGUGGAGACAGAGGACCGCAUGAGGGUCCAGGAGAUCAGCACGGUGUCUGUGGAUGUCUGGCACAUCCUGGAGUUUGAUUACAGCCGUCUGCCGCGACAGAGCAUCGGCCAGUUCCAUGAGGGAGACGCAUAUGUGGUCAAGUGGAAGUACAUGGUCAGCACUUCAGUUGGUCGCAGGCAGAACCCUGAUGCGAGGAGCAGCGGGCCGGGGAAGGAGAAAUGCUGCUACUUCUUCUGGCAGGGUCGGCACUCCACCGUCAGCGAGAAGGGGACGUCAGCACUGAUGACAGUGGAGUUGAAUGAGAAGAGGGGGGCUCAGGUCCAAGUUCAACAAGGAAAGGAACCGCCUGCUUUUCUUCAAUGCUUCAAUGGAGGGAUGAUCAUUCAUGCUGGCAAAAGGGAGGAAGAGGAGGAAAACACUCAGAGCGAGUGGCGUCUUUACUGUGUGCGAGGGGAGGUGCCGGUGGAGGGCCAUCUGCUGGAAGUGGCGUGUCACUGCAGCAGCCUGCGUUCCCGAGCCUCCAUGAUCAUGCUCAACAUCAACAAGGCUGUCAUUUACCUGUGGCACGGCUGCAAAAGCCAGCAGCACACCCGCAGUGUGGGAAAUACCGCCGCCCUCAAGAUCAAAGAACAGUGUCCUCUGGAAGCAGGUCUUCACUGCAGUAGCAACGUCACAAUUCACGAGUGUGAUGAAGGAGCAGAAACUCCGGGCUUCUGGGAGGCGCUGGGGCGGAAGGACAGGAAGGCUUAUGACUGCAUGCUGCAAGAUCCAGGUAAAUUCAACUUCACCCCGCGGCUCUUCCAGCUGAGCAGCACAUCUGGAGACUUUGUGGCCGCUGAGUUCUUUCAUCCGUCGGGAGCUGCAGACUUGGUCAGCUCACUGCCCUUUCUGCAGGAAGACCUUUACAAUGCAUCACAGCCUGCUUUGUUCAUGGUGGAUAACUUCCACGAGGUUUACCUGUGGCAGGGCUGGUGGCCUCAGGACAGUGAGAGCACCGGCUCGGCUCGCAUCCGCUGGGACGCUGACAGGAAGUGUGCCAUGCAGACUGUGCUGCAGUACUGCAAAGAGAAGAACGAGAAGAAACCUCCGAAGGCGUACCUGAUCCACGCCGGUCUGGAGCCGCUCACCUUCACCAACAUGUUCCCCAGCUGGGAGCACCGAGAGGACGUGGCUGAGAUCACAGAACGGGAGGCAGAGGUGUGUAACCAGAUCAUCCUGGUGGAGGACGUGCUGGCCAGACUCUGUCAGAAUUCCUUCCCCCUGUCUCAGCUGCAGACCCGACCCCUCCCAGAGGGAGUCGACCCGCUACGCCUGGAAAUCUACCUGUCCGACCAGGACUUUGAGAGUGACUUGUAGGUGGAUUCAGAGAGCUUUAGAAAUGACAAGAGAGGAAUAUGAAUGUCUGCCAGGAUGGAAGCAGGUCAACCUGAAGAAAGCCAAAGGCCUGUUUUGAGCAUGUCGAAGAAGAUACAUGAAAGAGUGGAGAAGACGACAGACCAGCAACUGGACGAGACACCUGUAGACUUUUAAACUUCUCAGCUGUGUCAGCACUCAAUGGGAUUCUGAGUGCGUUCUUUUAAGUCUCCUUCAUCCACUAAUGUCAUGAGUGCCAUGUUGUGGUUGUGUGUGUGGUUGGGGUUGUAUAUAAUGUUUGUGUAAAUGUGUGUUUGUACUGAUGUAAAGAAGAACCUUGUUGAUUCAGAUGCUGUGAGGACGUUUGGAUGCUGUCAGGAGACUCCUGUUCCUGCAUUAAAGUAACCCUAACAAACUUUUACAGUUUGACUUAACUACAGCAAGGUCAGCAGCCUGAUGACACUGAAUGUAUAGUGCCUUGCUUUUUGUGUACAGUUUGUAUACAGAACUUUAGUCUGCAUUUUUAAGUACUUUCUUUGUGAUAUAAGACCUAGUGAAUAAAAUCACAAAUCUUGCUCAACUUAGAAAAAGACUCGUCUUGAGUUUUUUUUUUAUGUGUUCUUUUAUAUUGUUCAGUUCAUGACAACAUACUUGUUUUGGGGUUUUUCUUUUUUUAGUUUAUGCUGGUUUUAGCUUGAAAAAACUUGCCAAAGAACAAAGAGGAAGUGCAAAAAUCUUCAAACUCAGCCUAAUCUGGAUAAAAGUGUAAAGAAAGAUGUAAUGCAUAUUUGUAUAGUGCAGAUACCUUCCUUUUUUAAGAUUAGGGUUAUUUUAAUACAUAAUGGUGUUUCAAGGCUAAGACAAAGUCAUGUACUUUUUAGAUUUUUAGAUUGUUAUUGGUUUUUUUUAAAAGGCAAAAAACUCAGGGUUCUGUUUGACAUUUCGGUAGAGCAGGGGUUUGAAACUUUUACCACUCAAAUAGCCAUUUGGUUCAGUUUCCCACAGAAAGUAAACCACAGGAACCCACAACAUCCUUUGGAAAACCUGGUGUUUCAAGUGAAUGGCAUCAUUUCACUCUUUUUUAAAGUUUGUGAAGAGAUGUUCAUUUUUUUUAUCCCCUGUCAUUUAAUGGGUUCCGAUGAGAACUAUUUCCCCGAGAGGCCACAAAACUAGGAAAUAUGUUGUGAUUAUUUAGCAGUUACUCCAUUUCUCCAAUAGUUUUUUGUCAACAAACAUUUGUUUUCUCAUCUGGAUCAGGAUGUUUUUGGGCAAAAGCUGCAUGUUUAUUCUGGAAUGUCUUGAAACUUUGGUGUUUGCUAAUUUCUCAUUACUUACUAACCACUCUGGUAAAGUUGUUGAAAGCAAACAAAUCUGCCCAGGUGCCAUGAAACAUACGGUUUUCUGCAAGAACUUCAAUUCUCUCAAAAUUAUCCAUCAAUGUCCUACCUUGGUUGGAAUGUUGCACUACAUGCCGGAUGGGUUCAAACCUGUUUUUUUAUUUUUUUUAUGGAUACAUUAACAUGAAAAGCAGAUUAUGCAAAACUGUGAUGUGUCGGUCGUGAACAUAAUGGCUCUUAUGUCAUAUAAAUAUAUCUUAUAUUUUGCCAGUGGAGGGCCGUCAGGGCUUUUUAAGGCCUUCCCUAAAGGCCUAAAAGUAUCUUAAUCAUGUGUUAAUUAUGUGUUUUUCAUGCAUACUCAUUAAAUCAUUCCAUAUGGUC